UCUGGCAGCUUUGCGGCUUUCGCGGUGAAUGGUUACUCGAGCAAUAACAUUGAGCUGAAUUAUUUUUCUUAUUAUUUGUAAAUACAAGAUUGCUGCGACAUGGCCUCCCUUUUCGUAGUGGCCACCAGGACACUGCGGAGCUCCCUGCUGCAGAAGCGCACCGUGGCCACCACAUCGCCUAGCCUGAUUAAAGAAAUCCAGGAGAAGCAGGACAGUAAUGUGAAGAUCUUCGAGGGCGUCAACGUGGAGUCGCCACGCGCCGAGUUAAUGCUGAAAUCCGCCUGUCAGAGCAACUUCUGCCCGGAGUGCACGUUGGGCCUUGACAUCAAGCACACUGAUGUGCUCAUCUUGUCGCAGUACGUCCGCUCCGACGGCUGCAUGCUGCCCAGGAGGAUCACCGGACUGUGCCACCGUCAGCAAAAGAAGAUGGGCACGUUGGUGACGAUGGCCCAGAAGGCGGGACUGAUGCCGAACCUGGCGCCUGCGUGGAGCAAGAGGGAUCCGAAGAAGCGUUUCGGCUGGCGCAAGUUCAACAAGUACUUCCUAGAGUCCACAAUUAAAUACUAACUAGAGUUAAAUGGCAAUAAAUGUGUUAAUGUUGGCUUAUGUAAAA